AGAGAAAGAGCGAGGAGGAGGAAAUUUGGAGAGAGAUAAAGACAGAGAACGGCGAGAUUAAGAGUGAUAAGGCUGAGAAAGAGGAGACGAGAGAGUGGAGCUGUAUCCUCAGCACGCCUGACUGAUCCAGCACAGAUCAUGUUUUCGGAGCACCUGACCUGCGGUUGGCUGCGGCAGCUGCUCGUCGUACUCGUGAAGCUUUGCCUCACCUGUGCCGGACCUUUGAGACCAAACAAUGGGACAGAAUGCACGGCCAAGACCCCGGCUUCCUACAUCCUGGUCUUCACGGGUCACUGGACUCCUCAGGCCUUCCCAAAGCAGUAUCCACUCUUCAGACCCCCAGCACAGUGGUCCAAGCUCAUCGCGGUCAGCCAUAAUCGCCAUUUUCAGCUCUGGGAGGAGGGCGCUCCAGCCAGCGUCGGGGUGCAGAGCUUUGCUGAACUUGGGGUGACGGUGGAGAUGAUGAAGACGGCCAAAGAGGCCAGGAAGAAACGCAUGGUUGGUGCCAUGUACCGAACAGCUGGCAUCCCCAACGGCAUUGGACACAGCUCCACAGAAAUGGUCGUGCACCCCCGGAACUCGCUGGUGUCCCUGAUGGUGAAGCUGAUCCCCAGCCCUGACUGGUUUGUCGGAGUGGAUAGCCUCAGUCUCUGUGACGGCAACCAGUGGAAACAGGAAGUGACAGUUGACCUCCAGCCUUACGAUGCCGGCACUGACAGCGGAUUUACUUUCUCGUCACCGAACUUCCCAACCAGCCCACCGGAGAACAUCACCAAGAUCACGUCUCAGAUGCCAAACCAUCCGGCCAACUCCUUCUACUAUCCUCGCUUAAAGGAGCUUCCACCUAUCGCCAGCAUAAAGUUCACUCGACAGAUCCGAUCGCCGGACCGUCAGGCCCCAAUAUCCAAUCACAUCCUGCCGAACUCCAUCAGCCCACAGCGCUUCUCAGCAACACCACUGGACUGCGAAGUGUCUCUCUGGUCCUCUUGGGGUCUGUGUUUGGGUCCCUGCUCCAGAGGGGGCGUUCGCCAUCGCACACGAUACAUCCUUUUGAGGCCGGCCAACGCUGGCACCCCCUGCCCUGAGCUGGAGGAGCAGGCUGAAUGUGUACCACACAGCUGCAUGAGGCGCCAGUAACGCCGCCGAGCGUCCCAGCACACGCUGUGCCAGUACGCAACACUGGGACUUUCACGUUGUCACUGCUGGACUGAGAUACAUCGCUGCAUCUCGAGCAUGACCAUGCAAAGGAUUGUCUUGUCUUCAUUACAAUCGAAGUGUGGAAGCUUGGGAUGCACUGUAUUACCCGUGAAGACCAUUGGGUUUAGAGUAUAUACUCCUCUGGGUCCAUUGAUCAGCAGUAAUGAGAGGCUAAACUCAGACUGUGAUGAACAAAGACUGAGUGAAACAGCCACGACGUUUUGUUUUGUAAAGUGACUUUUAUAUACUAUUGUAGAUAGAGAAGAGGACAGGUGGGAGAAGAACCAUGAGAAAUGUCUUUGAGUUUUUUUUUUUUUUUCAAUGAUUUGUUCAUAACCACACAGAUGCGCAUUGAAAUUGUUGUGGCACACUAAAGUCACAAAUGCACAUCUUCAACAUGCUCGGCCUCGUACAUGAAUGCACACAUGUACAUGCUGAAAUCUCUACACAAAGGUCCUUGCACAUUCUGCAUACCUUUACAGGCGUGGAGGCAUUAGUUUACAUAGAUAACCUACACAUGCUUGGCACACGAAGCUCUUUUAAAAUAACCCCACACCCCAGUUUGGAAAUAUCACCUAAUAGCUCUUUUGGAGGUUAUAGCCCGUCUGAAGAAGAUGGCCAAAUUAUAACAAGAUGCAGGUUUCCCUAACAGGAUGAAAGAUUGUAUUUGUAUUAUUGUAUCUUUUUUUUAUAUUUGAGAUUUUGUACAUAUUGUAUGAUGUAUCUUAUCUUGUAUAACUCAUGAAUA